CCCAGUCCGUCCGGCCUAAUGCGUCAGGACGCAACAGCCAGCCUCUCUAGCUUGGGCGUUUUUAGCCACCAAAACGGCCGCGCUUGCAUAAGGCAGGGAGAGGGCCUGUUGCCGACCUCAGUUAUCGGUCAUGCGUGUCAAGUCGACGUUGGGAUGAGCAGGUGAUCUGUACCGCAGCGCCCCUCUGUGACUGCCACAACGCAACGCCAUCUACUGCUCUAAAACCUCAUACUGGCUCAUCUGAAACCACGACUCGCGAGAUAUUUCGCUAUCAUUCUAUACGCAUGGAGCCGCCUCGCCGCCAUCUCGCCUAGACCGCACGAUUCGGAGAUCCUGCUGCCUGUUCUCAGAUCAAGGACCACAACGUUCUAUCGUCUUCCAUGUGAUCCUCCGUAUCAUAAUUAAUCAUCUGCGCGCAUACACCCCUUCCAAGAUGGUCGACACGGGACCAUGGCUGCCACCUCGCGGUGAGCCGUUACAGCAACGCUCUCACCGAACCCCGCAACACCAACCAGCCGGUGAUCGCCCUCGAUCACCACUCCCAGUGCCAGAUAUGCAGCAGGACAUGUUCUUUGACAACGAUGACGAAGCUUUGGCGUAUGGUUUCGAAGAUCAUGAGCCCAGUCUGUCCAGCAUCAUGAUGGCGGACAGCCAUGGCAGCAGCGAUCUGGAUCUCGGCAUGCCUGACACCCGCCGUGGCUCGAUACCCCUGCGUCCACCGGUGCAACAGUCUCCGCGACUGCCUGAAGCGCGACAGAAGCAACGGCCUCCUGCAGUUAGCCGUGAUCCCAAGGAAGAGCUGUAUCGCCCUGGCAAGUCGGAAGCAACCGCACGUGACAAGAGCAGUCGUGGUGCUUCUGAAGCCCGGAUCCCUAAGCGAAAGAGUGCUCCUCCGCCACGGCCAGCAUAUACUAUGAACCAUAGUGAUGAUGAAUUCUGCGGCGAUGAAGACGAUGAUGGAGCUGGCAUCGUGGAUAUCGACUCUGCACGGCUGCCACGAAACCCGGAUGAAAGCCAGCAGGACCUCGCCGAGCGCAUCAAUCAGCUGACCCGGACCAUCAACGCCAACGCCCAGCUCUGCCUCGAGACCUCGCGUAAGAUGGUCGCCCUCGCGCAGGAGAACAAGCACCUCGCUUAUGAGGCAGGUGCGCAGCUCGACACAUACGUGCUGCAGCCGGCGCUCAAGCUCGGCCAGGCGCUGAGAACGUAUUGUCCUGGUGUGGAUGAGGGCGUGCAAGCGCUGUGGGAGUAUGAGGCGCAGAUCAGGAAGAGGGUUAUCAACGGGCUGAAUGGUCGAGAUGCCCUGUUUCAGACUGGAGCUGUGGGCGGGAGGCAGGGCAAAGAGGUUGAUCGACUGAAGAACCGGCUCAUCGAACAGGAUGCUCUGCUGAGGGACUCCAGCCAGCAUAUUCGAAAGCUCAUGAACGAGAGGGACAGGCUGAGGCGCAAGCUCGAGAAUGGCUACCAGAACGGAGACUCAGGGGCUGGCGGGGAGGGACCAGCACGCCCAAGCUACCGCGAUCUGGACGAUGUCGUGAAGCAAGCACAGGCCGGACCAGCUGGACGAGCGCAACACCAACGAACACCGAGUCACGCCGAGGACGCACAACUUGCAGAACAGCUUGGAGAGUUACGCAUGUUGGUAGACAGGCUGCCCGUGCUUAAUGAUGUACCGUCAAGUAAUGAUACACAAGCUGGGCAUAGCGCCUCUACGCAUCUGAAAGCUGAUCAGGACGAUGAAGAGGAUUGGACGCUGUUGUAGGGCGGUGAUGUGCGGUGUAGGGAAGCAAUACGACUAGUAUAUAGAUAUGAGACGUUAAACACACAAGACCAUGGCCAUCUUGCUUCGACUUGGUCUGUCCAACACUUGCAAGACACUUCCCCGACAAAUUUGUCUGCU